AUGCCCAGCAGCAAGCGAAGCCCCCAUGCACCCAGACCCAACGUACCGGAUGAAGAUGACGAUGUGCCAACUGUAGCUAGGCGUAGCUCCAAAUCGCCCAGCAUCGAACGACGCCAAUUGCAGCGAGAAACCACAUUUGAGACAGACGUAGAGCGUGCCUAUUCGCCGGAGCGCUACGCCCGCAUCGAUGACCAGAUUGUUAUCGACGAGAGCAGCUUGGAGGUCAGGCAGCGUCCCUUGGAAGGCGGCGAUAAGCCCCGGGAGAUACCGGCCACAUUUGCGUCGAGGCCCAAAGAGUCGCCUCGGCAGAGUCCCGAGAAGCAGUUGCCCUCGCCGCGCGCCCUUAGCCCCGAGAGGCAACCGGCUGCUCGGCCACGCUCGGUUAGUCCCGAAAAGCAGCUGCCCAAAGAAUCGCAGCCUCAACUGCCAGGUUCGCUUCCAUCAAAGCCGAAAGAAUCAGCAUCGAGGCCAACGUCUCGUCAGACUAGCCCCGAAAAGCAAAUGCCCUCUGUUAAGCCUAAGGACUCGCCACGUUGGAGUCCCGACAAUCAAUUGUCCUCAACGGUGGUUAGGGAUUCGUGUCCUGACAAUCAGUUACCCGAAACUCUGACUAAGGAACUUCCGAAAGAAACGCCUCGUUCGGGCAGCCCUGAAAAGCAAUUGCCUAGCUCGCCGAAGCCCAAAGGCAAUGAGCCCGCUGAUGAGCCGCGCUCAGCUCCAGCCGAGCCUAGAGAUGGUGGCAAGCCGAGCCCCGACGACAAGCAGCAGCCCACUCAGUUCCCAGAGGACGAGUUCUUCAAGAGCACUGUGACCCAACGAGUAACUAAUACAACGAAAAAUUUCAAUGACGAAUUUAUAACAAACGAACGCCAGCAUCAGCCACGCAAGCCGGAGGAAAUUCCAGAUAAGAACAAAGAUAUGAUCGAUAGACCUAGCUGUAAGCCAGCUUCACGUGAGUCACCCGAGAGGCCGGAUGGCGGCUUCAUAUCAAAGAGCCCAGAGCCGGAGGAAGACCAGAAGCCCACCUAUCGCAAGAAGGGUCUGACACGUCGCGAGACCUUUGAAGAUCGUUGUCGCAAGAUCCUGGGCAUGGAGGAGGAUGGCGAUACGCAGGGCAGCUUUGUGCCAAAGCCCGAGCAGGAUGAUGAUGACACUGAUGAGCAGAGAACAGAAACGUUGGCCAAGAAGACGGAGACUUUUGAGUUUAAAAUCGAGGACUGCCCCGACGACGACGACGAGGAUGAUAAGCCCAGGCGCGUGACCGAAACGUAUGUCAUACGCACGCAGCCUGUCAUCAAGGUAGAUGAGCCACUGUCGGAGCCAGAGACGGUGCAGAUCACUGAGACGACGGAAAUCGAAACAGUGGUUAGCACAGAGAAAACGAUUGGCGAACAGAGAUCCGUGCCUGCGGGUGUAGAUGCACCACGCCCUGUCGGAGGCCGUAAGCCUAAAGAUGAGGUAGAACCUAGAAGCCCCAAAGAUGAUGCGGAGCUGGUUAAUGUAGAAGAAGAGACGACAACAAUAACAACGAAUCGUACGUCCAUGUCGCCUAAGGGUCCUCUGCCCAAGGAUGAGGUAGAGCCACGUUCCACAUCUGGUAAAUGGCCAAAGGAUGAGAAACCACAACGUCCCUCGUCUACCCGACUUUCCAAGGACGAGAGCGAGCUCAUAAAUGUGGACGAAGAGACAACCACAAUCAUCACGAAGCAGUCAAGCAGGUCGCCAACACUUGAUCGUAAAGCGCCUCUGCCUAGCUCGGAAGACGAGGACGAGCCAAUAUCGAAGGAUAAGACAUCGCCACGCUCUACGCCUGGCAGAUGGCCCAAGGAUGAUGCAGAGUAUAUAAAUGUGAAAGAAGAAACAACUAUCGUUACCACUCGCCAGGAGCCUUUGCCCGAUACAGAGGACGAGGAUGAGCCACGUCCAAAAGCAAGUGGAAAGCCUAAGGCGAAGCAUCCCAAGGAUGACGCAGAGUUUGUCAAUGUUGAAGAGGAAACAACAACUGUCACAACGAAGCGAACGUCAAAGACUCCCACACGCAAAGAGCCCAUGCCCCAUCCAGAGGAUGAUGACGAGCCGAAACAGCCCAAGUCGAAGGAGCCAACGGGUAGACAGCCAACAGAUGAAUUCAAGCCACGUCCGACACCCAAUUACUACUCCAAGGACGUUGAGUUUAUCAAAGUGAGCGAUGACACGACCAUAAUCAUGACAAAGCGCCCGGCCAAGUCGCCAUCGCCCACACGCAAGGACUAUUCGCCUUAUCCAGAUGAGGAGCCUACAGCUAGGCAACCCACAACUGGCAAGCAACCCAAGGAUGAUGCUGAGUAUAUAAGCGAGAAGACAACUGUGGUGCUAACUAAACGUCCUUCCAAGUCGCCAUCGCCCACACGCAAGGAGCCCGUGCCACAAACUGAGACAAAACACUUUGUGACCGAAAAGAUAAUCGAUUGCAAUGGCAAGACCGUCUUGGAGAAGAUCAGCAAGACUCAAAGACCCACGGGACCCGCCUCGUCGCCCAAGACGAAGAAGCAGCCCUGCGAUAGCGAGCCAGAGGAGGGUAAGCCCAAGCAGCCGGACUCCAGGAAACCCUCGACUAGCAAGAUCGAAACCGAGCGACGUAAUUCACGCACCACCAAGACCAGCACCACCACCAACAAGCAGCCUGUGAAGGAAACCCAGCCCAAGGCAGUGAAGAGUCCGCGCAAGGAGUCGCUGCCCAAGCGAGAGCCUGCCAAGCGCGAUAGCCUGGUGGAGGAAACACGCACUACCUCCACUACCUCCACAGCAAGCACUACCAUUCGCAAGGAUCGAAAGCCCAGUGAUGGUAAUAUCAAGGAUCGCUUGCGCUCGUCGCCUCGCAAACAGAAACCUCAAACGGACGACGUGGACGGAGAGUCGUCCUCGCCGGAUACGAGCCCCACGCGUAUUCCCAGCGAGCGUCGUCGCUCGAGCAACAUCUCAGUGCACACUGAGAUCAUCAUAGAUCAUACAGCGCCCAAGACGCCGUCGCCCAAAGCCGAGCGCAAAGUGACGCCCAAGGCUGCAGCAAGUCCGCUGCGCAAGCUGCCGGUGACGGAGCGCAAGGAAUCGGCGCCAGUGCCGCGCGUUACCCGUCGCGACAAGGACAAGGUGACCCGAUCCACCAGCGAGAAUGUCAUCAAGGUGGUCAAUGGCAAGCCCAGGCCAGCACAGCCCGAGAUGAGCAGCUUGAAUCCGAGCUCGGCUCAGAGACCCAACACAGAUCGCAAUCGGGCCAGCAAAUGCUUCACCACGCGAACCAUCAACCUCAGCGAGCAGCUGAUUAAUAGCGAGGACAUGGAGGAUGUCAUCAUUGAUAUACAGCAAGCGAAGAGCUCUAGGGAGCCAUCGCCGGAUCGCAUUGUUCCGACACCGGUUCCAGCUGAGGUGGAGACGGGCAAGCCGCGCUAUCCCGACACUGUGCAGGAGCCGGACGACGAGCCGCGCAGGAAGCCCAUUGUCACGAAUAUACCCAUCUUUGAGGAGGAGGCCAAUGCCUAUGUGGGCUGUCAGAUAUCCGAGCUGCGCAAUCCGAAUGGCAUCGAGGCGGACAUCCACGACAAUCCCACCGUGGAGGCGCCAAAGAGUCUGGACUAUGCAACAGCCAAUCCAAGCAAUGGACAGCCUGGCAUCGACGUGGACGAAUGCCUGCUGAGUGUACACGAGAAGGUGACCAAGUUCACCCACACCGCCGAGCAGGUGAAGCAGCCGAAAUCCUCGACACCCUUUAGCCGCCAGUUCGAUGAGCAUGCCAAGGUCUCGGCCAGCGAUGAGUGCUUGCUGAGCAUUGACGAGAAGGUGGAUCGAUUUUUGAAGACCGCCGAGAAUAUAACCAAGCAGCCGUUGAGCACGCCCACGCGCGAAAUCGAGCGCCCCAGCUUUGAGGACAUCGACGAGGAGCUGCGCCAGGACGACUGCAUACUGAGCGUUUCGCAGAAGGUGCACAAGUUCAUUGACACCGCCGAGAAGCUGGCGCCAAGUGCACCACAGAAGUCGCCGCGACUGGUGGCCAACAUCGAGCGCCACAUCUCGCGCCAGAGCGAGCCGGAGCUGGAUCAGGAAUCGGAGCCGGAGCAGCCCUCGGAUGUGGAGCCAGAUGAUGAGCUAUUGCCCAUGUCGAAGCACCACACAACAGCCAUUGAGCUGAAGCGCCAGAAGGACAUACUCAAUCGCCCCUCGGUCUUCAAUCAGCGCAAGCCAGCCACGCCCAACGGCAACAGCAAGCCACGCGGCACCGCCAGUCCAAGCACAACACUCAUAACGGAGGAACGUAAAUCGUAUCGCAAUCAGAGUGCGCCAGCCUCGAGUCCGGGUGCACGUUCGCCAACGCGCAGCACCGCUGCACCACGCAAACCCUCCUUGGAGCAACCACGCGGCAAGCCAAGCGAACCGGAGCGCAGCAGCAGCAGCAGCACCACCAAGCGUAGGGAGCAUAUAACGGAGCAACAGUGGGUGAUCAGUGACGUGGACGUGGAUGUUGAGGAGGUGGGUCCGGCUCCACCUUCCCACAGCGCCAGCCCGCAGCCAACAGCGCCAGGCCGACGUCCAACCACCAGCAGCACCGCCAACGUAACAAAGUCAACUCCACGCAGCUCCACUGCACCACGCAAGCCUUCGCUGGAGUCGCCGCGUAGCAAACCGAAUAGCGAGCAACCUAAAGAGACGGAGACCGGCACACGCCGAGCCACCAGCACCACUAGCACCAGAACCACAAUCAAGCGUGCCGAGCAGUGGGUGCACAGUGAUCUUGAUGUGGAUGUUGAGGAGUAUGAGCCAGUGGGUCCAAAGGGCGCAUCGCCUAGCAGACGCACCACCACUGCCACCACAAAGACAACCACACGCAGUGCUGCUGCACCACGCAAGCCCUCGCUCGAGUCGCCACGCUCCAAGCCAAGCCCGACCACCGAUGAGACUGCAGAGACCGAGACAGAUACACGCCGCACCACCAGCACCACCAAGCGUGGCGAGGAGUGGUUGCCAAGUGAUGUGGAUGAGCUCAACCACAGUCCCAGGCAUAGCCACAGUGGCAGUCCACGUCAAAUGUCGCCACAACGACGCACCGCCACCACCACCAAGCCCGACAGCACCACCAAUUCGAAAUCCACCGUAGUUAAAGCGAGCACUGAGCACAGCACCACCAAGCAUACAACAACAACAACAACCAAUCGAACCCAUAGCCCAACUAACCAAGCUCCCCUUGCCAGCUCCCCUGACACUGAACCACACGUUGAACCACUUUUAGACCGCAGCCGCCCCACCCAUCAAUCAUCGCCCGGACGCACCGUCGCCUCACGCCGCAACAUCUUUGAGAAGCAUUCGCCCAGCCCCACCACCACCGGCACCACCAGCACCACUGCUGCCACUGAGCCGAGCGGACGUCGUCCCUCCUACAUGGAUCACACGAAGAGCUCCCUGGAGCACAUUCGUCGCGAUUCGCUGGAGAUAAACAAGACGCAUUAUUCCCGCAAGUCCUCGGUGGAGGAUGAGACAAUGCUGGAGCCGCGCAAUCCGAAUGCGGCCGUUAAGUUCGAUGUGCCGAAGCGCGGCUCACGGCCCGAGACGGUGCGCACCACCACCAGCAGCAGCACCACCGAUGAGCUGGAGAUUGAGGAGAUCUUCGAUCUGCAGACGCUGGAGCAGCUGCUGGAGACGGUGAGCAGCUACGAGCUGCGUCGACGCAUUCGCGCCCAGAUACGUCUGAUCAAGAAGAACAUGAUCAAUGCGAACAGCAGCACCACCAUCACCACAACCACCAUAACGACCAAGGGCAGGCAGCCAGAGCAGCUGCAGCCGAGAAGCCAAAGCUCGACGCCCAGCCGCAGUCCGAUGCCAGUGCGCCGCAUGCCGGAGCAACCGCAACGUGAACGCAGCCAGAGCCCGGAGGUGAAGGGCAGCACCACCACCAGCAGCACCACAACGACCUGUCGUCGCACUGAGCAGCUGGACAGCGGCAAGCCGCCGGUGAAGCCUCGUGAUCGCAGCGCCAGCCCAGUGCAGGCGCCUCGUCGUCGCAGUCCAACGGGCAAGUCCUCGACCACGACAACAACAACCACCACACGCACCACCAAGCAGGGCAAGCUCAAUCCGAGCGAGAAGUCGAGUCCCAUUUGGGCAGAUCGUAGCAAGGUGUUGCGAGCCUCUGGCUCUGCUUCGCCCACGCCGCGAAAGGGCUCCAACACCAGCACCACGAGCACCAGCAGCAGCAGCCGAGUGAUGCGCAGCAGCAACACCACCAGCAGCAGCAGCAGCACCACCACCACCAGCAGCAGCAGCAAGCGACGCGAGGAGGACUCCAUUACGUCCAGCUAUGGCGUCGGCCCAACCGAUGAGAAUGGACUGCCCCUGUUUGGCAUUAGGGCGCUCAAGAAGAAGACGCAGCCGCCGAUGGAGAAAUGUGAGACAAAGCAAGAAGUCACAGGCUAUGUCAUCGAGGAGCAGUUCUAUUCGGACGACAAGUCGCCGCCACGUCAUGAGCGCAAGGAGCUCAUCUAUUCGAGCAAUCCGGAUGAGCUGGUAACGCUGCAGCAGCAGCUGGACACCGUCCAGCCUUCAGAUGGGCAGAGGACAAAGUUGGAGCGCGAGGUGAAGCUGAUCGAUGUGCAGGGCAUGCCCGCGGCCAUUGAGCCGCCGUCGGGCAAGCGACGUGGUUCGAUAAAGGAGCUAAGCGAACGUUUCAUACAGAAGGAAUCGAUGCUGGCCGACGAGGAGACGGAGGACAGCGAAUCGAACGAUGUGUGCAGCGUCAUUGAGCUGGAGGCGCCGCAGAUGCGUCAGCAUCAGCAGCAGCAUCAGACCAGCAGCACCACGCGCACCAGCUCCAGCACACGCUCCUUCCUCAACACCAGCGGCGAGGAGCGAGCUGUGAGCAGUGUCGACGAUGUCCUCGAACGCAUGCGCAAUGCCGACAAUGUGGUGGAGCCCGGCGACAGCGCCGAGGAUCGCGAGGCACGUGCUCUGCUCAACAAAUUCCUUGGCGCCAGCGUCAUCAUGCAGGGCGUCGAGUCCAUGCUGCCGGCGGGCCAGCGACAGCAGCCGCUGUCGAGGGGCAGCAUCGGCAGCAACAGCAGCAGCAGCCAAGCGGUAAGUGAUCUAGACCCAGAGAUACCCUUCUAG